AUGGCGCGAGGGCGAGCAGCGGGCGCGCGGGGAGGGGCAGCGGCGCGCGGGGCAGGGAGGGGCGGCGCAGGAAGAGGAGCGGUAGAGAUCGGAGAAGGAGGCGUGGGGUCGGGGGGGGUAGCGACGGGCAUGGAAGCGGCGGGGCGGAUGGCGGGGGGGUGGGUAGCGGCGGGAGAGGUGGUAUCGCCGUCGGAGGUGCCAUCUGGGGGAGGCGUCAUCUCCCCCUGGUGCAUGCACGUGCACACCGUGCUCGGCACGCGCCUUCUCGUGCCCGUCGCUCCCAGCGCCUCCAUCAGCGACCUCCUCCGUGCGUUCCCCUUCGCGCUCCCCGUCCCCCCGUCCCGCACGUCCAGCUCUUCUCCCCCGUCCCCCACUGCUGCCUUCCCCCCCCUUCACUGCUGCCUUCCCCCCCCUUCACUGCUGCCUUCCCCCCCCUUCACUGCUGCCUUCCCCCCCCCUUCACUGCUGCCUUCCCCCCCCUUCACUGCUGCCUUCCCCCCCCUUCACUGGUGUCUUCCCCCCCUUCACUGGUGUCUUCCCCCCCUUCACUGGUGUCUUGCCCCCCCCUUCACUGGCAUGGUGGGGCAGCAGCACGAGCACAUACACGCGCACAUGGGGAGCAUUCGUUUCGAGUCCGUCAAGGUGCUGCGCCAGGCCACUCUGUUUGACGUCGCCCCACAACUCAAACUGGCUGACGUGUUGAAGCCUGAUGACGUCAUCCUCGCUUUUACUGGGGAUGCUGACGUUGCUGCUGAUGUCAGCGACUAUCUGACACACCACCUUGCCUUCGGCUCCUCUCUUCCGAGUCACGACGAGUCCCCCUUUAGCCCCCGCCACCACCACUCACCAUCUCCUCACCACCAACUGCCACGUGGCAAUCUCUUCAGCAACCACGUGGCAUUUCAGCGUGGGCUGCUGGCUGCCCUCGCUGCUGCUGACGUGGCAGGGAGGGGGGUGGAGGCGGUCAGCGAAUCAGGAGAGAGGAGGAGAGUGAAGGGGGUGGUGUUGGGGGGAGGGGGAAAGAGGAUGCGGUUGGAGGGGGGGAGUGGGGAGGGGAGGGGAGGAGGCAGUGUGCCCCUGCUGACAGAUGGGGGGACGGGAGAGGGGGGAAUCAAGGGAGCAGGAGGCGGGAGAGGGGGAGGGGAGGCGCAGGUGGGAGGACAGGUGGGCCAUGAAGGGCGUGGCAGGGAGGGGGAAGGGGCGGGGAAUGGGGGGCAGGAAGGGGGGCGUGAGAGGAAGCGGAGGAGGGAGAGCGAGGAAGAGCAGAGCAUGGGUGAUGGCACUGGAGAGGGGGAAGGUCGGGGGAAGGCAGAUGGGAAGAGUGUAGAUGCUGAGAACGCUGAUGGGAAGGGGCUGGGCGAGGGGAGUGCGGAUGUGGGACGGGGAGGGAAAAGACAAAGACGAGCGGAGGGGAGUGAGAAGGAUGGGGUGGUGGAGGGGAGAGAGAGGGAUGGGGGGUCGGUGGAUGGGGUUGAGUUGGAGGGGAGAGGGGGCGGGAAGGGGGAUGAGAUAGAUGCGACUGUGGGGAAGAAAGAGAGGGGUGGAGGGUUGACGGAGAGAGAAGGGGUGUCGGAGAAGAGAAGUGCUGAGGAGAAAGAUGAGGGGAAAGGGAAAGACGAGGUGACAGGGAAUGAUGAGAUAGAGCCGAUAGAUGAGGCAAAGGAGAAGGAUGAGGUGAAGGGAAAGGAAGCGAAGGAAGGGAAUGCAUGUGGGAAGGGGCAAGCAGCGGAGAUUGAGGAUGAAGCGGUGGAGGAGAGAGCAAUGAAUGGGGUGAAGGAGGGCCGUGCACCUCAGGGUGUUGAGACGUCUCAAAAGGCAUCACAGGGUGUUGAGACGUCUCAAAACGCAUCACAGGGUGUUGAGACGUCUCAAAACGCAUCACAGGGUGUUGAGACGUCUCAAAACGCAUCACAGGGUGUUGAGACGUCUCAAAACGCAUCACAGGGUGUUGAGACGUCUCAAAACGCAUCACAGGGUGUUGAGACGUCUCAAAACGCAUCACAGGGUGUUGGCGAUAGUGCACGGGGGGCUGGGGUGAAGGGUGGACGGGGUAAGAAUGAGGAAGUGGUGAGUGUGGUGAGGGAUGAGAGUGAGGAGAGUGAGACUGAUGGUGAGGAGGAGGGAAAGGAGGAAAAGGAGGAGGGGAAAGGGGGAGGGAAGGAUAUGGAGAUUGAGAAAGAGGAAUCAGAAGAUGGGGAAGAUGAGGAGGACGAGGAGACAGAGGAGGAAGAGGAGGAGAACGUAAGAGUUUCAGAGGCAGAGGCGAAGGAGGCAGGAAAGAAGGAAGAUGGGGGUGAUGAUUCGGAGACCGAAGGAGAAUCAGACGACGAGUCAGAGGAGGAGGCGGGAAAGAAAGGAAAGGUGAAAGAAAAGGAAGUGAAAGGGAAGGAUAAGGGGAAGACAGACAAAGAGGAGGACGAGGAGGGGAAAUUGAAAACGUCAGAGGCAGAGGCGAAGGAGGAGGGGAAGACGGAAGAUGGUGGUGAUGAUUCGGAGACGGAAGGAGAAUCGGACGACGAGACAGAGGAGGAGGUACGAAAGGAAGGAAAGGCGAAAGAGAAGGAAGCGAAAGGGAAGGAAGCGAAAGGGAAGGACAAGGGGAAGACGGACAAAGAGGAGGAAGAAGAGGAAGAGGAGGAUGAGGAGGGGAAAGUGAAAAAAUUGGAGGCAGAAGCGAAGGAGGAGGGGAAGAAGGAAGAUGGUGACAAAGAGGAAGAAGAAAAGGAGGAGGAGGAGGAGGAGGAGGAGGAGGAGGAGGAGGAGGAGGAGGAGGAGGAGGAGGAGGAGGAGGAGGAGGAGGAGGAGGAGGAGGAGGAGGAGGAGGAGGAGGAGGAAGAGGAAGAGAAAGAGGAAGAAGAAGAGGAGGAGGAAGAGGAGUCAGAUGAUGAGGUGGUGGUGUUGGAGAGCGGUGCAGAGGGAAACAAGGGGCGAACAGACAAGGCUCAGACCAGAUCUUCUGCUGCCGCUGCGAGCAAAGCAUUGGCAACGAAAGGAGCCGCAAGCAAGGCGGACGGGAAAGGAGCAGACAGCAAAGCAGCAGCGGCGGGCAAAGCAGUAGAAGACAAGGAACUAGCAGUGAAGGCUGUGGGAGGCAAACAAGACGGAGCAAGCAAAGGAGCUAUCAGAUCUGCUGCAGCAGGAUCAGGAGGAAAAGCUGUUGAUGCGAAGAGAGUGGGUGUUGCAAUGAUCAGUGGGGAAGAGGAUGAGAAGAGUGAGGAGGAGAGUGAGGAGGAGAGUGAGGGGAGCGAGACAGAGAGUGAGGGAGAAGUGGAUGAGGAGAAAGAGGGGAGCGAGACAGAGAGUGAGGGAGAAGUGGAUGAGGAGAAAGAGGGGAGCGAGACAGAGAGUGAGGGAGAAGCGGAUGAGGAGAAAGAGGAGGAGAGUGAGGAAGAAAGUGAGGAUGAGAGUGAGGAGGAGAGUGAGGAGGAGGAAGAGGAGAGGAAACUGGAUGACAAUAGCAAGAAGCAGGCCAGCACAAGUAAGGGAGCGGACACGGGCAAAGGAACAGUGUCAGGGUAUGGCAAGGGAAAAGGGGCUGCAGGGAAGGGGAAGGCAGAGGGUUCAAGGAAGGCGGAGAGUGUGAGUGGAGGGAAGGAGGCAAGCAGAGGGAAGAAAGGCCACGAGGGGGCAGCAGCAGCAGCAGGAGCACAGACGGAUGUGGGUGGCAUGGGGGGGAGGAAGACGGGAGGGAAGCGAGGGGGUGGAGGCAAGAAGGCUGAGGCAGGAGCACAAGGUGCAGCCGCUGCUGCUACUUCUGCUGCCCCUGCUGCUGCUGCUGCUGCCCCUGCUGCUGCUGCUGCUGCCCCUGCUGCUGCUGCUGCUGCUUACCCUGCUGCUCCGGCUGUUGCAGCAGCCAAGUCUGCGAGCUCCGGGGAGGCGGCUCCUCUGGAAGCUGGAAGAGCAGGGGGGAGGGGGACGGGAAACGCAUCGGCAGAAGGGAGGGCAGGAGCAGGAGGGAAGGCAGCAGGUGGAAGGGGAAAGACGGCAGGCAAGGGGAAGGCAGCAGCAGCUGCCGCUGCUGCUGGCAAGGCAAAAGGAGGAGCAGCAGCAGUAAAGGCGGGUGCGUCACGUGCAGCAGAGGCAGCAGGGGCAGGAUGGGCAGAAGGGCCAAUAGAUACAGCGAACCCGACGGGUCCAAGAGUCCCUCUUCGAAUGAGCGCACCACCAAGCGGCACCUUUCGUUACCCCCGAGCCACUUCCCCUAUUGCCUCCACUGCCCCUAUUGCCUCUGCUGCCCCCUUGCCUCCACCUUCCCCCACGGCUGGGCCGCCCAGGAACUUGUUUGUGGGCCCAGGAAACUUACUUGUCCGUCGAGACCAGGGCAACGACCUGAUCGACGCGCUCCCAGCGGCGCUCUGGCACCGCAUUUUCCACCUGCUGCUGGAGCGCCCCUGCACCGCCACCCCUCCGCACUCCGCGGGCGGCCGCUACUACUGCCGCGCGCGCAGCACGGCGCAGCGAGCAGAACCCAACUUCAGACGCACCGGCGGUGGCGGCGGUGCUGGUAGUUCUACUGGCCGCAAUGUCUCACGAAGCGCUGAGAAUGGUGCGGCUAGAGUGGCACCGGUGCCCGUGUUCGUGAAGGCCGGGGUGUCGCCGUGCUGGCUGCAUGCGCACAACGCUCGCACGUACGGCUCCUCGUGGCCUCUGCUGUGCUGCGCGCUCGCCAGCAAGAGGCUGCUCCACCUCGUCGCCUCCUUCUCCGAACAAGGCACGCCCAUGAGUCUGCACCUCAGCUCCGCCCAGCCCCAGUGGACCACCAGCGUGCGCUGGCUGCUCUCCCGCUCCUCUCCCACCUUUCCUUUCCUCCGCCUCUCCUUCUCCCACCCCUCCCUCAUCCCCCUCAUUCGCCGCCCCUUCACUCUCCCCUCCUCUCCGGUCUCCUCCUCCCUCUCAUCCAUGCAACUAAGCUUGAGCAUUAGAGAGAAAUUCACAGAGGAGGAUUACCGCCAGAGUGACUGGAAUCUAGGCUUUCUCAAGACCUGCUCCUCCCUGCACUCCCUCGCACUCGAACGUGGCGCCUGGCGCUUGGGUAGAAGCUGCCUCACCGCUCCCUGGAUGCAGUCCCUUCGGAGCUUAACCCUAAAAAAUGUGGACCCCAGGGGAAUAUCUCUUAAAGCCCUGGCUGUCAUUUCCCCUCAGCUGCACGAAUUCUCGUUCUGCGAGCCGUGGAAGCUGGAGGAGGAGGGAGGGGAGGACUGCAAGGGACCGGUGCUGCUGGCGCUCGAGUUCCCCAGGGCUCGCCGCCUCUCCUUCCGCUUCCUCACCCACGAGCUCAAACUGAAACUCGCCCUUUCUCACCACUCCCUAACCUCCUUCUCCGCCUGUGCCCAGUCCCUCACUCUCGCCUGCAGCUCUGCCCGCCCUCUCACGUUGACCCAGCUUUUGCUGUUUGGGGAAGAGAGGAUCCAUAUCGCCUCCUUCAAGGUUGCCUCUGUCCGUGCGCUUUACCUCAAUGGUCCGAUUAAUCUGCUGCCGCCACGCCCCCACCGCAUCCCAGCUGACGUUCGGAAAGCCAUGGAGAUCUGUGGAGACUCGUUUGUGUAUCUUCCGCCACCGCAGCCGUUUGCAUGGGCGGACUGGCUGAGCACACUCGCGCCAGCAGUGGAGCUGCUUAUAGCAAGGCACGACAUCGACCUUGGCGCCUGCAGGUUCCCCUGGCCGCGGCUGCGGAGCCUCGGGAUUGUCGUGGCGAGCGACUACGAUGUGAUGAACCCGGUGCGAGGGGAGAUGGCGGUGGAAGAUGUGGAGAGAGCAGAUGGGAAUGAGAUCAUCAAGUGGACGAGAAAGCAGAGAAGGAAGGAGAAGGCGGAGGCGAGGGAGACGGAGCACAGGAUGAGGAAUCAAGGGCUCACUCGGUUUCAUGCAGGCCCGUUUGGCAACCAGCUUGGGGUUGACGAUGGUGAUGAUGACGAUGACGAUGUUUAUGGCCCACUGGAGCGAGAGACGCCUUCACGCAGAUCUGCUCCCACUCGACUGUGCAUCCCUCCGAAAAUCCAUGCUCCAAAUCUGCGGGCCAUCUUCUUUCCAACCCGCCGCAACACACCCCGAGCCUUGCUAGCAGACCUGAGGGCGAGGCAUCCCUCCCUGGCGCUGUACUGUGUUGCAAGGCACACGUGGUACUGGGAGAGGAAAGGGAUGAGGGUGGAGGGUGGGCCGGUGACGCAUGUGAGGGGGCUGAGAGGAGGGAAGAGCAGUGCGUCGUUUAGGAAUGGGAGGAAGAGCGUGCGGGACAAGAUGCACAGUGUGAAUCGCGGGCUGAUGGAGGGGUACACGCUGGAUGAGGAGGAGUGGUUCAUGGUGGAAAGACGGAAUUGGAAGCCGGUGGUUGGUGAAGAGGAACGGGAGAGGGAUCGUGGUCGUGAUAGCGAUGGUGACGAGUUUGAUGAUGAGGAUGAUGAGGAGGAAGAGGUGGAGGAGGAUGAGGAGGAUGAGAAUGAUGAGGAUGAUGAAGAGGAUGAGGAGGAUGAAGAUGAUGAGGAUGAUGAAGAUGAAGAGGAUGAUGAAGAUGAUGAAGAUGAUGAGGAUGAUGAGGAUGAGUAG